AUGGAUCACGUAUCCACGUUGUGUGCCUUGAGCACCGUCGGGAUUGCGCCCGCGGGUCUCGCCCUCGGACGCGCAGACCGAACCCAGAGGCCCAGCCUCUUUCGGCGCAAGACUCUCGCGCAAGACUUGCCCACCCAACCACCCACGCCCGUCGAGGCGAAGCCAGUGGAUCCUCGACCGAAGACAGCCGCACCGUCUCGAAGUCCCGCCGCCGAAUGGCUUGCCGCAAAGGAGGAGGAACUCGCGCCAGCCCAAUGUGAAGGGUCAGAUUUGCGGCGGGCGUCCAUGUCAUUCAGUGCAGCCCGGCGUCGACGUCGGGGCCAGACAUUGAUGAGCCCGCCGUUGCAGAUUCCAGAGAAUGAGUCCACCGAUUCGCCGACCGAGACUCAUGCCCGGCGGCCAUCGACCGGUUGGCUGCGCCGAUUGUCGAUGGCAUCUUUCAACACGGAGAGUCCGAGUGCGCAGAGCCCAACUACACCGUCGUUCAGUGGCUCGGCAAGUCCCAUGUUCCCUCAGUCACCUGGUCAGAGGAGACUGCCAAACAAGCUGGUGAAGCGCCCGGCUUCUCAACAGGCAAGUAUGCAUGCCUUUGGUAUGAACACCAUUUCCGGUCCGUCGCCCGCUGCGCUACGCCGACCGGCCACCAGCCACCAGCGGUCGGAAUCGAUGAUUCUGCAGACUCCGGUGACCACUGACUUUGAGACAUACUUCCCCAAGACGCCUGCGGCCUCACCUGCGGUGGAGGACUUUGAUGUUGAAAAGCAGAAGCAGUGGUCGCCAUUCUUUCUUCCCAAGGCUGGCAAGCUGGUCGACAUGCUCUCACGUAGAUUUUCCAUUUCUACGGCACCCAAGGCCCAAAGUGUGCGCCAGAUUGUUUCUGACCAGGGGUCGCUACCUGCUCUGGUCAUGGCGAGUGAGAUCUCAUCCGGCAUGGCCACACCGCGUGGGGAGAAGUCUGUACCUGAGACGCCGGUUGAAUUCCGCAAUCCCUUCCAGUCAGCGGCCCCGAAGCCUACUCUGGCGAGCCAGCCACCGGUGCAGGAAAGAUCCUCGGUUUCAAAAGACUCUGGGGAACAGCGCAAUCACAAGCACUCGUAUUCGUGCAAUGAUGUCGAGCCGAAAGUUGUGAUGGCGAACACUGUCACCGCACAUGGGAAACCGAUUAUGGGACUUGUGCGCGGUGGUUCACUCAAGCGUGUCAAGGGCCGGACGUUCUCGAUUCCUCGCUCCGAGCUGGCCAGGGGGGAUAAAAAGGUCAUGAUUCCGAGCUCACCUGCACCCGAGCGCCGUAACAUUACCGAUCCAACGGUCUUUCAGCCGCCGCACCCUAUCUCCCAGCCUGGGUGGGCCGUUUCCGCUUUGGAGAGACGCGCCCAGGUUGGUCCGCGGUCCGUGUCGCAAGAUUAUGAUGUUGGCUUAGGCUCCCGGGGUGGUUCACGCCCGUUGAACUCGGACGAUGUCGCUCUAUCCGCGUGGCAGCAAGCAUCGCGCCCAGGUGGUCCAGCAGCCUAUGGCUCUCUGCGUCGUCGCCCCAAGGGUUUCUCGAUCUCUGGUUCGGAUCCUUCUUCCACUGUCAUUGGGUCAGAUGAUACACGCGUGUUCACUUCCUGUGAUGAGUACGAGACCGACGUGAUGUCGGAUUACUGGGAUUCCAUUCGUACACGCGAGACCAGCACUAGUGGACUGAAGGGACUGCGCAUUGAGACAAUGUUCGACAAAGCAGGUGCGAGCUUGGUGAAUGAAGAAGCCACGAGUUUGGAAGCCCUACUUCCGCGGGGGUCCUUCGCCGCUCGGUCUGAGAGGGAUCCUCGAUUGUUCCCGGAAUCGUAUUUGGUCUCGCCUCCUCUGACCCAUGUUUCCAUGGCCGAUCAGCCGCCUUUGGCCGACGGCGCGGAUGAGGACUCGCUUAGUAUGAUUGGAUCGCUACCAGGUGAUGAUCGCCCAGCUUUUGCUUCCCCGCCCAACGAUGCACUGUCAAAGUACGCCGAGGCCGAUUCGCCCUUCGGCUCACCUAUUAGCCAGAUCGGACCGUUUAGUGGCGCGUCGGAUCUCCAUGUCAACAAAAAGGCGAAUAUCUUCGACUGGUCGGAACAGACACGUCCGGAUCGCGACUCUGGAGAGUUCGAAGCGCGUCCCCGAACUAUGCAGGGUAAACAAGAAGGUGUCGAUCGAAGCAGCCGUGCUGUUUGUCGGAAAGCGCCAUCUACCGUCCAUCUCCGUAGCCAAAGCGUGCCAGUCGCGAGCGAACUCCCCACGAAUGAAUCUCGGCAAACUUCUGGCAAGUUUGGUACAUGGGGUCUGGGUAGUAAGGGUGUCAGUGAAGACUGGGAUAGCGAUUUCGACUUUGACGAGUCGGAGGAGACGCCCGUCGCAGAAAACAAACAAUUCCCUGAGCCCGACCCUAACCGCCAGAGUAUGACUGUUCCGAAAGCUAUUCUGGAACGUCAAGCUAGUCUUCGCGGUCAAUUUGGACAGGUUCAAGAGCUGACCCUGUUGGUGGAGGAGUUGAAACGUCUUCGUCACCAGGCUAAUACGCUGGAUAUCGUCACCGGCCCGUCCAGCGAAUUGUGGAAAGAAGCCGAGCAAAUUGUCAACUUGGCUACUAUUGACGAAGAAGAAGAGCGUCGCUCACCACCAGGAUCGCCUUCAUCCCUCACCUUUAGCUUUGAUGAAUCUGAUGAUGAUGGCCUUCAUACUGCCUCUUCGAAGCGCGACAGCGAGGUCUCCUGGGACGUGCAUGGCGACACUGAGCAUGUUUUGCCCCUUUCUCUCGCGAAAGACUCACCUAAAUCGAAAUCCGUGCUGGAUCUGCUGCAAUCGCGCGAGCCCAAGUCAGCUCUCCAAGAGUUGGACUUUGGCUCACGUACUAAGAAACUUCCGUUUGAUACCUCGUCGUUGAAGAACCUGGUGGUGCGCGCGGGAGUGGUCACACGCGCGUUAAAGGAAGUCAUUCGCAAAGCAGAAGGUGUUGCUAGCAGCCCGCGCGAUUUCCCUCACGAUCCCCCUUCCGACGCAUUUUCGACAAACCUGACCUCGACUUUGACGCCGCUCUCGCGGAAAUGUCAUAAUGUACAACUCCUGUACCAUCGUGCAAUGAUGCACCUAUCUCUAUCAAAUCCUCACUCCCUCUCAUCGUCUUCUUUCCGCACCCCAUUCCCAUGA